UGAUGGACUGUCUCAUAAGCUAGAUGGAAAUUAGGAACAACGUGACCGAGUUUGUUCUCCUGGGGCUCACACAGAAUCCACACAUGCAGAAAAUCAUAUUUGUUGUGUUUUUAGUUAUCUAUGUCUUCUCUGUGGUGGGAAAUUUGCUCAUUCUAAUCACCAUUACAAACAGCCAACUGUUGGGGUCCCCAAUGUAUUACUUCCUGGCCUAUCUCUCUUUUAUUGAUGCCUGCUACUCCUCUGUCAAUACACCUAAACUGAUUGCUGAUUCACUCCAUGAAAGGAAAUCUAUUAAAUUCAAUGGAUGCAUGACCCAAGUUUUUGCAGAACAUUUCUUUGGAGGAGCUGAAGUCAUCUUGCUUACUGUGAUGGCUUAUGACCGCUAUGUAGCCAUUUGUAAACCCCUACAUUAUGCGACCAUCAUGAACAGACGACUUUGUAACAUCCUUUUGGGAGUAUCAUGGGUUGGAGGCUUUCUUCAUGGAGGUAUACAAAUUCUUUUCAUUAUUGGAUUACCUUUCUGUGGCCCUAAUGUCAUAGACCACUUUAUGUGUGAUCUGAACCCUUUGCUUGAUCUAGCCUGUAUUGACACCCACAUUCUUGGGCUUUUUGUUGCUGCCAACAGUGGCUUCAUCUGUCUGUUAAAUUUCCUCCUACUGCUUGUCUCCUACAUGGUCAUCCUUCGCUCCCUAAGGACCCACAGUGCUGAAGGAAGGCGCAAAGCCCUCUCUACCUGUGUUUCUCACAUUACAGUAGUGGUUUUAUUUUUUGUGCCCUGCAUAUUUGUUUACAUGAGACCUGCAGGUGCAUUACCCAUUGAUAAAGCAGUUGCUUUGUUUUAUACUAUGGUAACUCCCAUGCUGAAUCCAUUAAUCUAUACCUUAAGAAAUGCUCAGAUGAAAAAUGCCAUUUGGAAAUUGUUUAGUAUAAAAAUUCAGUCAGAUGACAAAUAA